GGGAGAGAUCCCAUCCCAUCUCAUCUCGGCACGUUCGUCGCCUCGUGCGCAUCACCAGUCCACCGCAAUCCCCAUUUCCCAAAGCUCGACCAAAGCCCCCCGCCUCGUCCUCCUCGCCGCGCACCAAACCCUAGCUAUCCCCGCCGAUCCCAAUGGCCACCCACCACCGGCCCCUCCACGCCCUCCUCGGCGGCGGCGCAGUCGCCGACCUGCUGCUCUGGAGGCGGAGGAACGCCUCCGCGGCGGCCGUGGCCGGCGCCUCGGUCGUCUGGUUCCUCUUCGAGCGCGCCGGGUACAGCCUCGCGUCGGUCCUCUCCAACGCCCUCCUCCUCCUCGUCGUCAUCCUCUUCUUCUGGGCCAAGUCCGCCUCGCUGCUCAACAGACCUCUUCCACCAGUGCCUAAUCUAGAGGUCUCAGAUGUGGUUGUUGAGAAAGCUGUAGUUCGGGCUCUUGUAUGGGUAAACAAGGUGUUGGCUGUUGCCCAUGACAUUGCCAUCAAGAGAGACAGGACAGUUUUUAUACAGGUUAUAAUGGCUCUAUGGGUGGUUUCAUGUAUUGGGAUGCUCUUCAACUUCUUUACGCUCAUUUACAUUGGUGUACUACUCGCUCUGUUGGUUCCCCCGGUAUAUGAGAGGCACCAGGAUGUUAUUGAUGAAAAGGUUGGUUUAGUACACAGCAUACUGUCAAGGCACUUGAAUACCGCCAUUAGCAAGACAGGGCAACCACCUAAACAAAAGAAGGCCGAGUAGAAGAAAUAUUUUGGCCCAUUUGAGGGAGUAUAUGAUAAAUCCAGUGAUCCAAACAAGCUAAUAGCUUCUGUGUUGUACGGAGUACAUCCUUAGCAUAUUUCUGGGUGUAGUUAACAGUGUCUGUGGAAUUUGUUGAAUGCCUCUUGGAUCUCAAGUUUGGGCAGUCGCUAAAAAUCCCUGGAAGAUGCUAUCAAAGGGCCAUUAUAUUGCUUCAAAAGUGUCUUUUACGAUGUAUUGCAGAUGGCAUGGGAGGUGAGGCGACUAGAGUUGUAGUAGGGCCUAGAGGCUAAAAUAUAAUUGUUGGAAGCUACUAGGAUAACUCUUUUUUGAACAUAUUCUGGGAUCAUAAUGUUGUUUCCUUUUUUCGAGAGGGACUCUGUGACAUGAUUAAGUCAUAAGAAGAGCUCCAAUCAGUCUGUUUUAGAAUUUAAUGGAAUUGUCUAUGUUGGCUUUAAA